AGUUCUGGUCAAAGAUGGCCAAGCUCAUUUUGCUUACCGGUCUGGCCCUCCUGCUGAACGCCCAAAUAGGCUCUGCCUACGUGCUGUCAUGCUAUUUCACCAACUGGGCUCAAUACAGGCCUGGCUCGGGGCGCUUUACAGUAGAUAACAUCGACCCAUGCCUCUGUGACCAUCUGAUCUAUGCCUUCACUGGGAUGUCCAACAAUGAAAUCACAACCAUUGAAUGGAACGAUGUGACCCUGUACAAAUCCUUCAACGGACUGAAAAAUCAGAAUGGAAAUCUCAAGACCCUCCUGGCAAUUGGAGGAUGGAAUUUUGGAACAGCCAAGUUCUCCACAAUGGUUUCCACUCCUGAGAACCGCCAGACCUUCAUCAAUUCCGUCAUCAAAUUCCUGCGCCAGUACCAAUUUGAUGGGCUGGACAUUGACUGGGAAUACCCUGGAUCAAGGGGCAGCCCUUCUCAGGACAAAGGUCUCUUCACCGUCCUUGUUCAGGAAAUGCUGGCCGCCUUUGAGCAGGAAGCCAAGCAGGUGAACAAGCCCCGUCUCAUGAUCACAGCUGCCGUUGCUGCAGGACUUUCCAACAUUCAGGCUGGCUACCAGAUUGCUGAGCUCGGAAAGUACUUGGACUACUUUCACGUGAUGACUUACGACUUCUACAGCUCUGGGGAUGGACAAACAGGGGAGAACAGCCCUUUGUACAGUGGCAAUAAUGUCUACCUCAGUGUUGAUUAUGCUAUGAACUAUUGGAAGAGCAAUGGUGCCUCAGCUGAGAAACUCCUGGUUGGAUUCCCAACCUAUGGACAUAGCUUCAACCUCCAGAAUCCAUCCAACACUGCUGUUGGGGCACCAACAUCAGGCCCUGGGCCAGCCGGGCCUUACACAAAGGAAGCUGGGUUGCUGGCUUACUACGAGAUCUGCACAUUCCUGGACUCUGGAGCCACCCAGGCUUGGGAUGCUCCUCAGGAUGUGCCCUAUGCCUACAAGAGCAGUGAAUGGGUUGGCUAUGACAACAUCAAGAGCUUCAACAUCAAGAUUGACUGGCUGAAGAAAAACAACUAUGGUGGUGCUAUGGUUUGGACUCUUGAUCUGGAUGACUUCACUGGCACUUUCUGUAAACAGGGCAAAUAUCCCCUGAUUACCACCCUGAAGAAUGCUCUUGGCCAGCAAAGCAGCAGCUGUCUGACCAAUUAGCAAUCCAAUCCUCAAGUCCCUGCAGCUCCUAACACCGGAAGUGGGAGUGGAAGUGGUUUUGUGAGCAAGUACUGGAGUAGUAAUACCAGUGGGAACAGAUUCUGUGCUGGUAAAGUGAUCCAGAAUUAUUCAACAAAAGCAGCCUCUACCAAUACUUGAACAUCAAAAAUUAUUUGCUAAACUGCCAGGCAGACCACAUGAAUGACACCAUCUGCUCCUACUGCAACUGGGCAUGAAGUCAACACUUCUGUUACAGCAAACACACUCCCCUGAUCUAAUUCCAUGGAAUAAUAAUGAUAAAUAAAGUGUCCUGCUAAAGCAAAAA